UAAAGCAUUACUUGUGCGGUGUGAAGUGAACCACCCGUGCAGUGCCCCUUGAAAACGAAACUGUAUGGACACGGGCGUAACAUAAAGCUGGCAUUACUUGGUUACUCCCCGCAGGCGGGGUAUCGACUAUCCACUAGUUCAAAUUAGUCACUCGGAAUCCGGAUCGAUACCCGGCAGGCGCGGACACCCCGCAGGCGGCGUAACGACCAAUGAAACGCGCCAGCCGGGCGCCGUGCGGGGCUCCCCGCCCGUCUCCUCGCCUCAGUCGCACGCGUUUUAUGAUAGACUUCACACGCUACGCAAAAUGUCCGAGCGUUUCACUGAAACACAAAUGUAUAAACUGGCAGAAAUAUACCGGGACUACGAGUGCUUGUGGAACGUUACCAGCGAGUUGUACAAGGACAGGAGCGCGCGGGACUGCGCCUACCAGAAAAUUUUGGAAAGGUUGAACGUCCCCGGCCUGUCGAUAAAGGACAUACCCAAGAAAAUUAAAAAUCUAAGGUCGUCUUAUUACCAAGAGAUAAAGAGAAUCCAAAACAGCAGGCGGUCAGGCGUCCCCGAGGAUGCCGUGUACAAACCGAAGGUGUCGUGGUUUACGAUCGUGGAGGGAUUCCUAAUGCCGUUCAGAAAUCAACGAGAGACUUGUUCCUACAAUGAUAAAGAUUCAAAUUCUGCUUCUGACAGUGAGUUAGAAACACAAAAUACGAAAUCAAUGGUGGACGCGAUUCCUGAAGAAGACUCAAAUGUAGAUGAAAGCAGUGAAGUCGACUGGGGCUUUGGCCAUGCACCCACUUCCGCCCAUAGAGAAAACGAAAAUUGUUCGCCUGCAUAUUUCAUUUUGCCCUCAAAGAAGCAAGCCAAGAAGCGAAAAGACAAGAAAGAUGACGAUAUCCAUUACGCUAUUGCCAAAAUUGAUAAAAUUGCUAACCGGCUUACACAAAAUGCAUUGAUGGAGAAAAGAGAAGAUGAGUUUGACACCUUUGGCAGAUACAUAGCCAUGGCUCUGCGGUCUAUGCCGAAGGAACUGGCUAUCAUGGGACAAACAGACAUCCAGAAGGUUAUAUCGGAGAGUCAAUUAAGGGCAUUGAGACAAAACUCCGAGCCUCCGCUGAUGCAGUAUGACGCGUCAGCGAUAAAACUGGAAUACCCAUGAAGAUCAAAACCCAAGACAUUUCAGUUUGAUAUCCGGGUGUGGUUCAUCUUGUGACAAUCGAAUCGAGAUAAUUAAUCUUUGAUUGAUAACAUUUUGAUUAGUUUGUAAAAUUAAAGUUGCUGUCAUUACAAAAUGUUAAUGCAAUUAUAUUUUAACCC